AUGCCCCGCAUUGCCUCUUUCCCCAUCCUCCCCUUCACGUCCGCGCCUCCUCGUUGCUGUCACCACUCUCGCACACUAUGCCUCGCUGCCAAUGGCUACCUGCCACGUCGCGCAGCCGAAGCCACUGCUGAGCUCGCGGAGCGGUUUGAUGGCGGCGCGAUGCGCUGCGGGGAAGCGCGGAGGCGGAUGGGCCAGCUGAGGCGGACGGUGCGCGCAGCUGCGGCUGGAAGGGGCGCCGAAGUGGCGAGGGCGCGGGGAUGGGCGGAGAGGCGGCAGCGCAGGUGCGGUUGGGCGAUGACGUCAGCUGCACGCGGCUCCUGGCUAGUCAAUGGGCGAGGGGCUCAGUGGACGGUGGGGAGGACGGGGGGAAGGACGGUUGGGGGGACGGGGGAGAGGAUUGGCGGGGGAAGGAUCCGGGCGAGCGCAGAGUGGGGCGAGAGGGACGGUGAGGAGGAAAACGAGGGGGAUGAGGAUAUGGAGAGGGGAGGUGGAGAAAGUGAAAGUGGGAGUGAAAUGGAGGGCACAGAGGCAGUGGCGGAAGAAGGUGGAGAGGGCAAGGUCGGCAGCAGUGGCGGCGGCGAUUGGGCAUGGAAGGGGCGGCGGCGGUACAUGAUGGUGCUGGCGUACGACGGCACGCACUUCUAUGGCUGGCAGCGCCAGGCGCAGCGGCCCACAGUGCAGGGGGCGGUGGAGGCGGCGCUGGCCACGUACACGCGGGAGGGCAGCGCCGAGCUGGGGGUCACCGGUGCCUCGCGCACCGAUGCUGGCGUGCAUGCCUGGGGGCAGGUAGCCCAUUUCACCACCCCCUCCCCCAUAUGCGACCUGCCCCGCAUGCACCGCGCUCUCAACGCGCUGCUGCCACCCGCCAUCCGCGUGCGCUCGCUGCGCGCCGUGCCACUAUCCUUCCACGCGCGCCUGCACGCGUGCAGCAAGCGCUAUCACUACACCGUGCUCAACAGCCCCACCCCGCUCCUGCUGCCGCACCGCCGCGCCACGCUGCUCUCCUACUCACGCGGCCCGCUGGACCGCCCCCUCAUGGCGCAGGCGGCUCGGCUGUUUGAGGGGCGGCGCGACUUUGCGGCGUUCGCCAACGCGUGCGAGGCGAAGGAGAAGGGCGCGGUGAGGGAGAUCACACGGUUCGAGCUGGUGGGGGAGGCGGACUGCUGGCAGGGCACGGUGGACGAGGUGCAAUGCACUUGGAGUGGGGGGUUGAAGUAUGAGGGAGUAUUGCUGGCUGAGAACCCCAGACGAAUACCCUUAGUUGGAGGACGAGGAGAAGGGCGCUGUGGGGAAGAUGCCUCGGGAGAGCCGUCACCUGUGUUCCGCUUUGAGGUGGAGGGAUCGGGGUUUCUCUAUCGGCAGGUCCGCAACAUGGUGGGCCUACUGCUGCAAAUAGGAGCUGGCACGCUGCCCCCCUCUAUAGUCACGGACCUCCUGCUCUCGGGGGACCGCUGCCAGCUGGCACGCGUGGCGCCCACCGCCAAGCCCCAGGGGCUCUCCCUCAUGCGCGUGGACUACCCCCCCACUGCCCUCAUUCCGCCGCCCGACUCCCCGCCACCCAGCCUCAGUUAUUUCGAGCAAUAG